UCUUCACUGCAUCACGCGCCGAGUUCUUUACGUAGAGCAGAACAAGUUCACGCAGUCCCGUUGCUGAAGUCACAGCAAACGUGGGUUAUCACAAUGUCAAAGUCAGAUCCCCCUCCAAGUUAUGAAGAGUCAAGAGAACAGCAGCAUGGAAACUAUCCAUUCCCUCCCUACGGAUAUGCAGCCCAGCCAGGGGUGUACACCGGCCCGGGACAGCCUGGCAUACACCCCCAGGCAGGGCUUUGGCAGGGCCCUGGAUACUACCCUUCAGCAAUGCCAUCUAUGAUGCCGUCCUUUAUAACACCAGGGAUAUUUUCCUCCAACCUAACCCGGUGUAUCUUGUUACGUACCUCAUGCUGGUUUGCUGUGAGGGGCGAGGUGCCGUGGCUGCAUAUGCUGUAUGGUGCUUGUGGAGCAAUAGUCUUUACCUUGUUUUUGGCUUACCACACUCAGUUGCUCAUUGGAAACCGAGCGAACACCAUCAGCCCUGACGAAUAUGUCUUCGGAGCCCUUUCUCUCUAUGUUGAUAUCGUCCAGAUCUUCAUCUUCCUCUUGCACAUCACAGGAGGCUCUUCAGAGUAAACAGACUAAUGCGGAUGAGCAUUUCUGUCUCAAUCACCGAUCUCUCUUUGAGCUUAUCUGGACUUCUUCAAUCACACGCAUCUCAAAUAUCAUCUCCAACACUGUUAUAAACAUGAUUUUGUUAUGUUACUUUAUUUUGUUCUACGGAGGUUGCUCAUUCUUUUACUAAGUUGAUUGUUACUUUAUUUUUAAUAAGCACUAUAUUCAUUUAUUUUUACUUUCCACCUGUUUAUUUGCAUUUUGAAGAACCUGCUGUAAAAGAUCUAAAACAGCUGCACUGUGAUUUGAUGAUAUAAAUAUUUAGUCUAUAACCUAAAGGGAAAUAAAAUUAAGAGAAACAGUAAACAAAUUCAUGAUGACUAUUGGCCAUAAAACAGGAAAAUGUUUGAAGGGUGGUGCACUAGAUUAAGGUUACUUAAGGGGAAGUCAUGGCCUAGUGGUUAGAGAGUAUGACUCCUAACCCUAGGGUUGUGGGUUUGAGUCUCGGGCCGGCAAUACCAUGACUUAGGUGUCCUUGAGCAAGGCACCAAACCCUGCACUGCUCUCUGGGUGCCGCAGCAUAAAUGGCUGAACACUGUGCCGUGUGUGUGAACUUUGUUUGGGUUAAAUGCAGAGCACAAAUUCUAUGGGUAACCAUACUUGGCUGAAUGUCACUUCACUGUAAUUAAGACUGUGGACCAUUUUGUUUUUGGACCAAACAUCUGUAGGGUUUUUUUUUGUUUUUGUUUUUCAUACAAUGGAAGUCAAUGGUCACCAAAAUUCUUAAAAACAUAUUCUAUGUUCCACAGAAUAAAAUCAUACAGGUUUACAAGAAUAGAAGGGUGAGUAAACGAUGACAGAAAAUGUACCAAAAGCACUACACUGGAAUUACACAACAGAAAGUAAAGUUGGGGAAUCACCUAG